UAUUGGGCUCCCAACACUCCCUCACCUCUCUUCUCUCCUCUCUCUCUCUCUCUCUCUCUCUCUCGGGGAUCGCCAUGAGAGCUGCUUCGAAUGUAGCCAUUAUAGGCGGUGGAAUUUCAGGGGCGGUGUGCGCGUCGAUCCUCGCCGGAAAAGGGGUCUCCGUCACCGUCUUCGAGUCCGGGAGAGGCCCCGGGGGAAGGAUGUCGCAGAGGAGAGAAGCUACGGGGGAUGGGAGCGAGCUCCGAUUCGACCAUGGCGCUCCGUAUUUUACUGCGGAUCACGGUGAGGUAGCGGGGAUCGUACGAUCGUGGGAGGCGCGAGGGCUUGUGGCGGAGUGGAAGGCGAAGUUUGGGUGUUUUGAUCGCAACACCGGCGAAUUCUCCGAUUUUGAAAAGGAAGGGACAGCAAAGAAGUAUGUUGGAGUCCCUGGCAUGAAUUCAAUAUGUAAAGCUCUAUGCUCAGAAGCUGGAGUGGAAGCCAAAUUUGGGGUCACUGUUGGCAAAGUGGAUUGGCUUCACGAGAGGAGUUUAUGGUCAUUGGCUAGCUUGGAUGGGCAAGAUCUAGGCCAUUUUGAUGCUGUUGUGGCCUCGGACAAGAAUAUAUCAUCACGGAGAUUUACUGGUUUAACUGAAAAACCACCACCUCUUGAUAUAACAUUAUUUCCAGCAUUGUCAGUGAUGUCACAAGAUAUCCCUGUCCACUCAUGCUUUGCUCUUAUGCUAGCAUUUGCGGAACCACUAACUUCGAUCCCUGUUAAAGGCUUUUCGUUCAAAAACUCUGAGCUUUUAAGCUGGGCCUUUUGUGAUAGUAGUAAGCCGGGACGUACCUGUAUGCCCCCAGUAAGAGAAACUUGGGUAUUACACUCGACAGCUGAGUACGCCUCUAAGGUAAUAGCUCAAAAUGGGCUUCGGAAACCUUCAAAUGAUGCACUUGCCAGGGUUGCGGAAGAGUUAUUUCAAGAAUUUAAAACUGCUGGUUUGAAUAUCCCUCGGCCAGUAUUUAUGAAAGCUCAUAGAUGGGGCAGUGCUUUCCCUGGUGCCGUGAUCGGCGGGGAGGACAAGUGUCUCUGGGACAAGAACAGUAAAUUGGCUAUUUGUGGAGAUUUUUGCGCAAGCCCAAAUGUUGAAGGGGCGGUUCUCAGCGGCACACGAGCAGCUUCCAAACUUCUAGGAAGUUUGAGUCUCUUAUCAGCGCUACUAUGGUAUAUUAAUUAGAUUGCACAUGUUUAUAAGGAAGAUUAUUAGAGUAAUGCGACCACGUAAAUUAAGGGGAGUGGUCUCUCACUGAAAUCAAGGUCGUGGUCCCUCCACUACUGCGGCUAAGUGCCAUCCUUUCCUAGUGCUUCUUCGUUAUAUAAUCUCUCUUCUCAACCAAGCGCGCGCGCGCUCUCUCUCUCUCUCUCUCUCUCUCUCUCUCUCUCAUUAUUAUAUUCGUUUCAUGGUACCAGGAAAAUUAAAGCAGUCGCAAAAGAGUGAUCCUUUUCUAUACCAUGUAGUCUCUUUCCUCAACCAAAACAUGCCUCUCUCUCUCUCUCUCUCUCUCUCUCUCUCUCUCUCGAUCGAUCUCGACACUAAUAACCAACCCUAAACCAAUUUGAUCUCAAAAGGCAGUACUUUACAAUGUGAUUAUGGGUGAAAUGAGAUUCUGAGCUUUAAAAACAAACACUCCAGUUUAAAGUUUCUAUAAUGUUACAAAUAGAAGAUAUUGAAAAAGUUUUCAAGAGAGUGUUUCUUCUAUAAAAAAAAAAAAAAAAUUACUUCGAUAAUAUUUUAUUGAAUAACAGUAUUACACAAUACAUCUGUCAGUAUGACCAAACAAGCGCUAAGUUGGUGUAAAUUUGUAGUAGCUUCUCUACUCCUAGAGCUGCAGUUUGACCUUGAGCAAAUAAAAGAAAUCUAAAGAUUCAUAAUCGUAAGAAGCUAAAAUUAGUUUCCAAACUUAAAGAAGCCAAAAGUUUGCAAAUGGUAUAUAACGAUUGUAAAAGCCUCAUCUCCUUCGAGGUUUUACUACCUUAAUUUCUAUAUAUAAACAAAGAAUUAGUCCUGCAGCUAACCUAAUCCUGGAUCAAAAAAAUUAAUUAAUUUAGCAUUAUGUAUCACAAUCCAUAGAUUAGCCCUGCACGUGUGGGCUAUUUAUUUGAUCAAGAAGCUCAGGCUCAGCUGAUCAUAGUUUGACUAAAGCAUGGUUUCUUUGGGUUUUCGAGCACUGUUUUCUUUUUUUCCUUUUCAUUAAUGCAAGCAUUAGCUGGGCACUCUCCCUCCACAAUUAAUAUAACCCCAGAAAAAUAUUAGACCAUCGGGAAAGUAAAUUUUUUAUAUUUGAUUGAAAUUUUUUUUUAUAUUGUACGAAAGUACGGGAGUAAAAUUUUUUAGCAUUAUUUGAACAUAAAAAUUAGGUCUUGCACUAUCUCACACGUACAAAAAUAGAAUUAUUUGCAUGUUUAUUAUACAUAACAUAUCUAUUACAAAGAGGACUUUCUCUAAUGGCAUUGCACUCAAGAUGCAUCUCCAUUGUUUGUGACUUUGUGAGUUUUGAUUGUUUAAAGGGACCAUCACAUCUGAAGAGUUCUAUAUUAUUUUUAAAAAAAAAAAAAA